ACGCAGCUCGCACGCAUUCCACGUACUACGUAGUAGCUGAGCAGGAUGACGCACUGAAGAGAUUCUGUCAAAGAAAACACCGUUUAACGACUAAUAACCCGAGUUACAUCCUGAGAGGACGAACAUUAACCGUUUAUCUGCAGCAGCAGCUCUGAGAACAGAGACAGACCCUCACACAGGUGCAGACACAGAGACAGGAGCAGAUGAAAGUAGAAAUGCCUGAAAAACAUGUCUCACAAAGAAGAUAAUGAAGGGAAAGGGAGCUCUCACCGCACCGAAUUGUACACCAGCAUCCCUCCAACAUGUCUGCCCAUUGUGUACCACCCCGACUACAACAUCACCUUCAUGGGCCUUGAAAAGCUCCAUCCAUUUGAUGCAGGGAAGUGGGGGAAAGUCAUUCACUUCUUGAAAGAGGAGCAGUUCAUCACUGAUGGGAACAUCGUGGAAGCCCGUGAAGCUACUGAAGAGGAUCUGCUGGUGGUUCACCCCAAACGCUACCUCAACAGAUUAAAGUGGUCUCUGGUGGUGGCGACCAUCACAGAAAUCCCGCCUCUCAUGUUUCUGCCUAAUUUCCUGGUGCAGCGGAAAGUGUUGAGGCCUUUGCGGACACAGACUGGAGGAACAAUAAUGGCAGCAAAACUGGCUGUUGACCGAGGAUGGGCUGUAAAUGUAGGAGGAGGCUUCCACCACUGCUCCAGCGACAAGGGAGGGGGCUUCUGUACCUACGCCGACAUCACUCUGGCCAUCAAGUUUCUGUUCGAGAGAGUGGAAGGCAUCUCCAGGGCAACCAUCAUCGAUCUGGAUGCUCAUCAGGGAAACGGACACGAGCGCGAUUUCUUGGACGACAAGCGAGUGUACAUCAUGGACGUGUAUAAUCGCUACAUAUAUCCCGGGGACGGAUUUGCCAAAAGAGCCAUAAAGAGGAAGGUGGAGCUGGACUGGGGCACGGAGGACUCGGAGUACCUUCAGAAAGUAGAGCUCCACUCUGAGGGAGCGCUGAACGAAGCCCGACCUGACAUCAUCGUCUACAACGCGGGGACGGACAUCUUGGAUGGCGACCCUCUCGGAGGACUCUCCAUCUCACCGCAGGGCAUUGUAAAGAGAGAUGAGAUUGUGUUCAGGGCCGCGAGGCGACGGGGCGUCCCCAUACUCAUGGUGACUUCGGGGGGAUACCAGAAGAAAACCGCCCGCAUCAUCGCCGACUCCAUCCUCAACCUGCACCGGCAGGGCCUGAUCGGAGCGGAGGCUCUGGAGGGGGAGGGAUCAUCACCGCUGGUGACCGGCAUGAUGUGCAGCAGCUCCGGAUCUGUUGGAUCAACAUUCACCGCUGUCUGAGCCGCAUUAAUCCUGACGUUAACACUGUCUGCUCUGCAGCUGUGACAUUUAAAGGCACUGAAGUAACUUUAUAUUUAUUUGACAUUUAUGACCGGGGGGGGGCGGAGGGGGAGGGGGGAUUAUCCAGUGCUUGUUUGCACAUAUAUAACAGCUUUCGCUUUGGUAUUUUUAUUUACAUUUUUAAUGUAAAAGUUGUCAGUUAUUCAAAGGGAAUAAGUCAUACUGAAACAAUAACACUCCCCUCAAGUUCUCAUAAAAAGACGUGUUUAAAUCUUCAUCAGUAGGAGAAUGAUGGGUUUUAUGUUAAAUGUUCGGGCAGCGUUUUAGAGACGUAUUCUUUCAUCUCAGGAAAUGUAAUAUUGUCAUUAGUCAAAGAUACGAUACAUUACUAGUCCAUGAAAUUGUAAAGAGGUUUUGAUGUUCUUAUAUUAAUUAAUCCUGCAUCUCAGUUCUAACGGUUGUGAGAGGUGAAACACGAGAUAAUUGAAAACUAUAACUGUCAAACAUAAUCUAAUGGUGAUGUUUAACCUCCGUUCAGAAGAUGAUGUCUUCUUCAUUCCUCAUUAGCAUUUUGUUUUAUUACUUCUACUAUAAAUUGGUGUUUUUUUCCGUCUAGAUAAUAUUGUAAUCAUUAUAGCGUUAGCGGUGGUUCAUUAAUCAAGUUCAGCCAUUGAUGAGUUUUUGUACUUAAUGCCUUUAAAUGCACUCGGUUAAUGUUUACAGGGAGCCCAAUAGGAUUUUAUCGUUUUGUCUCUUUUAAACGUGACAAAUUUAAACACUUUGAGCACUUUAACUGGUUAAAAAUAACAUUCCCACACUUCUACAAAUCAAUAUUGUUGUUUCAGUGUGUUCCUGUCGUCUCCAGAUCAAAAUCCCAAAACUGAAAAGUGUUCAGUGAUUAAUGAGCCGGCCUGUUCAGAGGAGAUUUCAGGGGUUUUACUACUGAUUGGUUGUCUGUAGUCAGACAUACAGAACUCUCCUAAUGAUGUUUACACAUGUUACUGUGUACACGGAGACAAAAUAGAUCUCUGGAUCAAUAUGAUCAAUGCAACAGCUGGAACAAUAUCACACUAAAGACUCUCCAUCACACACAGACAGAAUACUCACUGAGCUCUGUACAGUUUGUUUGUGUGUUAUGUUAACUAACUAAGCCUUUUUAGUUUGAAGUUCUACCUAAAACAUUUGAAAAGUC